AAAUGUGUGCCACAGUGCUAUGCCGCUGCAGGGAAGGGUUUCAUCUUUUUGUGAUAAGAUUUUUAUUUUCUUUUGACCGACACAUCUAAAAAUGACAUCUAGCAGUACCUCAAAGAUUUGCUUAGAAAAGUAAUGGCUGAUAACAACUCACUGGUUGGUGGUGAAUUCUUGCUGCAGCAGAUCAAUGGCCGGGUCAUUGCUGUGCAGGUCCUCGUGAUGAUUUUUCUUUGCAUCAACAUUUUUCUUAUUGUAACCUUUUUUAAAAAGGAGUGCUUCUACACAACUGCACGCUACAUCUUAUUUGCUGUUACACUACUCUCUGAUAGCUUGAUAUUAAUCAUGUCUGAUGUUCUGCUCAUCUUGAGUUAUUUUCAGUUUACAAUGCAAGUUUGGUUAUGUAUAAUUAUCUCUGUUGUGGUACUUCUGGAACUUACAGUCACACCAGUUACUCUGACUGCAAUGACCCUGGAGCGUUACGUGGCCAUUUGCAUGCCCCUUCGCCAUGGACAGCUGUGCUCCACACGUAGCUCUCUGCAUUGCAUCCUCAUCAUUCAUGGCCUCAGCUCUGUUCCCUGCAUUGUUGUUCUCUCCACCUUCUUUGCAUCAGCCCCUCUUGGCUUGUACAAACAAUACAGGGGAUGCUCUGUGGAGAUGUUUAUUUUGUACAGGUGGCAGGAUCAUAUUCGGUCAGCUGUAUCUCAGUUUUACUUCUUGAUUAUGUGUAUCAUCAUUGUAUUCUCCUAUGUUAAAAUAAUGACAGUGGCCAAAGCUGCAUCAGGAGAGAAUAAAAAGUCAACAUGGAAAGGGCUCAGAACAGUAAUUCUUCACGCUUUCCAGCUGCUGCUCUGUCUCGCCCGUCUGUGGUGUCCAUUCAUAGAAACUGCUGUGCAUCAGAUUAAUUUAAAAUUAUUUAAUGAUGUCAGGUAUUUUAACUACAUAUUGUUUAGCGUUGCUCCAAGAUGUCUGAGUCCUCUCAUUUAUGGCCUGAGGGAUGAAAAUUUUCUUCAUGCACUGAAAAGCUAUGGCUUCUUUGACUUGUAUAAAAGAAAUAUUCGACAAGGUAGAUUAAUAAUUUUCCAACAGAAAAGUUGCACAAUGCAUUAAUUAAAAAAAAAUUAUUUCAAACUAGUUAAUUGUUAGAAGCAUGACUGUGAUUGAAUUGCUAUUUAAGCGACAAUGCAAGCUCAAUACUGUUUUGUAUUCUUAUAUGUAAUAUUGAUUAUAGACCGUUUUAGUAUUCAAAUCUAGCAACAAAAAUGACACACUUGUUAAAAGGAGGACUUAUUUAACAAUAAAUAACUCUCAUGACUCAUA